AUGGCAGAAAAGUUGAAUGCUAAAAGUUUAAGAAUUGCAGACAAGUUGAAUGCUAUAUGUUUAAGAAUUGCAGACAAGUUGAAUGCUAUGAGUUUAAGAAUUGCUGACAAGUUGAAUGCUAUAUGUUUAAGAAUUGCAGACAAGUUGAAUGCUAGAAGUUUAAAGAUUGCUGACAAGUUGAAUGCUAUGAGUUUAAGAAUUGCUGACAAGUUGAAUGGUAUGAGUUUAAGAAUUGCUGACAAGUUGAAUGCUAUGAGUUUAAGAUUUGCUGACAAGUUGAAUGCUAUGAAUUUGAUAAUAGCAGACAAAUUGAAUGCUAUAAGUUUAAGAAUUGCUGACAAGUUGAAUGCUAUGAGUUUAAAAAUUGCUGACAAGUUGAAUGCUAUAUGUUUAAGAAUUGCUGACAAGUUGAAUUCUAUAAGUUUAAAGAUUGCUGACAAGUUGAAUGCUAUAAGAUUAAGAAUUGCUGACAAGUUGAAUGCCAGAAGAUUAAGAAUUGCUGACAAGUUGAAUGCUGUGAGUUUAAGAAUUGCAGACAAGUUGAAUUCUAUAAGUUUAGAGAUUGCUGACAAGUUGAAUGCUAUGAGUUUAAGAAUUGCAGACAAGUUGAAUGCUAUGAGUUUAAGAAUUGCAGACAAGUUGAAUGCUAUGAGUUUAAAGAUUGCUGACAAGUUGAAUGCUAAGAGUUUAAGAAUUGCUGACAAGUUGAGUGCUAUAAGUUUAAGAAUUGCUGACAUAUUGAAUGCUAUAUGUUUAAGAAUUGCAGACAAGUUGAAUGUUAGAAGUUUAAAGAUUGCUGACAAGUUGAAUGCUAUAAGUUUAAGAAUUGCUGACAAGUUGAGUGCUAUAAGUUUAAGAAUUGCUGACAAGUUGAAUGCUAUGAGUUUAAGAAUUGCUGACAAGUUGAAUGCUAAAAGUUUAAGAAUUGUUGACAAGUUGAAUGCUAUAAGAUUAAGAAUUGCUGACAAGUUGAAUGUUAUAAGUUUAAAGAUUGCUGACAAGUUGAAUGCUAUGAUUUUAAGAAUUGCUGACAAGUUGAAUGCUAUACGUUUAAGAAUGGCUGACAAGUUGAAUGCUAUGAGUUUAAGAAUUGCUGACAAGUUUAAUGCUAUGAGUUUAAGAAUUGCUGACAAGUUUAAUGCUAUGAGUUUAAGAAUUGCUGAAAAGUUGAAUGCUAUAAGUUUAAGAAUUGUUGACAAAUUGAAUGCUAUGAGUUUAAGAAUUGCUGACAAGUUUAAUGCUAUGAGUUUAAGAAUUGCUGAAAAUUGA